AGCCGACCCUGAUGGCCAAGUUCGUGACCAGUCUCAACAUAAGUCUUCCGGGCAGCCGGUUCUCUGUCCUUGAUACAGCGAAAGUUGCAUCGCUUCUUGUCAAACCAACGGUUGUCCGGCCAGCGUUCGCUCAAGGAAAACUCGAAGGAGAGGCAACAGAAUCGCACAAGGAGGCAGUGGACGCACUUCUGUUUCUCUCAUCGAGCAGAUCAACAGGAAUGAAGAUGGAGAUAGCAUCUGACAUAAACGAAAGUCGAAAAAGAAAAAGUGCACAAGACAUGUCUAUUCAGGCCCAGCCAAACUGCAAUCUUGCUUUGGAUGCAGCAAGGGGAGGCAAGAAAGCGAAAACCUUGGAGCAAGAGUUUGUCUUGACUUCCCAAUCACCAACGAUUCCAAGGGGGAGCUAUAAGUGCAGUCGUUGUGGCAAGCCGAAGAAAGGUCACAGAUGUAAUCUUCCCGACAGUGAAAAACAUACUGUCUUCAAGCAAGCUCAACAACCCAGCAAAUGGGCAAAAGAAACUCAAAAAGCAUCGGUAGCCGUCUUACCUGCGCACUCAUUCGCGCAGGCACCCGGUAUGUCACAGGUAGCAGCUAAGUUUUCUGCUUGCGGCAAGCUGCAGAAUGUCGAUCCUAAUCUAUGUGUGCCGGACGAGUCCUUGACUUGCAAGAAACCCUCCAAGACCGGCCCUUUCUCAUCGCAGGUAGCGUGUGCUCUAUUUCUAGCAGGAUGUAGCUCGAUCUCCGCAAGGAACUCCCAGUUCAAGUGAGCAAACCAACAAAGAAAUAAACACUUUUCAACUCUC